UUUGUUUUAAUUAUUUACUCUACACUGGUGUGCGGUGUAUUUUUUUCUUCACGGAGAUAACUUCAUUUGCUAAUAGACCCGUGAAAAUUUCAAGAUAUUUUGGUUUAUUUCGAAUAAGGUCGUAAAACAAGAUUUUCGAUAAAAAAGUUUGGUGCGUUCCAUGAAUUCUGAAACGAAUUACCAACAAUAUUUGGAAAUGCAUUGUUUUAGAUGCAUUUGCUAGAUACGAAGUACAAAAACAGAUAUAUAAAUUAAAGUAUUAAAAUGAAGUUUGCUAUAAGUUUGGGAUUGGUUAUUUUGUGGUUGGCGUAUCUAAUUGCUUCUGGUGUAUAUUUAUUUUCUCGAGGUUUUCUGUUGUCUCGCGUUUCGAAGACGGAUGUGAGCUGUUGCCGGCACUUGUCAUUAGACCAGAAUGACGAAUAUUAUCUAACUGAAGAGGUUGUUCAAGAAAUAUUCAAAGAUGUAAACGCAUCUGCAAAUUUGUGUCUACCUCAAAAAUCUAAAGUAAUAAUAUUACUUAUUGAUGCAUUAAAAUAUGAGUUUGGUGUUUACAAGGAUAAUGUUAAGCAGCCCUUGCCAUACGAAAAUAAACUAACAGUGCUGCAUGAACUUCUGGAGCAUAUGCCGGAUCAGACAAGAGUUAUGCGCUUCAAAGCUGAUCCACCAACUACUACACUACAAAGACUUAAGGGUUUAACCACUGGAAGUUUACCCACAUUUGUUGAUAUGGGAUCAAACUUUGCUUCUCCAGAAAUAAAUGAGGACAAUAUUAUUGAUCAAAUGGUCAGAAAUCAUUUACCAAUAGUAUUUUUAGGAGAUAGCACGUGGACGGAUCUAUAUCCUAGGCGCUUUAAAAGAUCGUAUGCGUACCCUAGUUUUGAUAUAUUCGAUCUGGAUACAGUUGAUCGUAAAAUACAAAAGCAUUUGCCCAAAGAAAUGCAAAAGAACGACUGGCAAGUAUUAAUUGCUCAUUUUUUGGGAGUCGACCAUUGCGGACACAAAUAUGGACCACUUCAUGAGGAGAUGUCGCGUAAACUUAGUGAAAUGAAUGAUGUCAUUAGAAACAUUGUCGCUGAAAUGGAUGAUAAAACAACAUUAUUUGUAAUGGGUGAUCAUGGAAUGACAGCUUCUGGUGACCACGGUGGCGACACAGAAGAUGAAACCAAUGCUCUUCUAUUUGCUUAUACCAAACAAGGAAAUUUUUUCAAAAAUGAUUUUAAUUCUGACAACACAACACUGCAGCAGAUUGAUUUCGUGCCAACACUUGCCACCAUUCUCGGAAUACCAAUACCGUACUCCAAUUUAGGUUUAAUUAAUUUUAAUCUUAUUCCUGAUAUUCCUAUUCCUCACUUGAGUAAAAUGCAAACUCUAAUUUUACACGCCUGGCAAAAUGCGCAACAGAUUUAUAAGUACUUUUUCAAUUAUGCUUUAGAAAACAAACGAACAUUUAAUUUGGAUAAAAUGGAAAGCUUGGAAACUGAAUAUAUAUUGUUAACGCACAGAGUUAAAACAAUAUACAAUGAAAUUGCUUUUAAAUCAUUCGUUGGAGAUUUAAAUAUAAAUCUGAGACUAAUACUGAAUACUUGCCGUGAGAUAUGGGUUAAGUUUGAUGCAACACAAAUGUCACACGGGCUCUUUGCUACAUUUUUGCCAAUAUUUUUCUCUUUCACACUGACCUAUAAUACACGAUCAAUGGAUUUUUGUAAAAUUUUCCAAUUGAAAGAGGUGGGCUAUACUUAUCUUCUGAAUUUAGCAGCAGGAGUAUUUGGCUAUCGUUACUAUAAGAACUUUGCAUUCAAAACGGAAGAGCAUUCUAUUAUAUUUUUCACCAGCGUUAUAAGUACAUUGAUACUGGUAUUCCAUACAGUACAGAGCUGGCCAAUAAUUACAGAAAAUUUGUCAAAAGCAAAGCGAUUUGGUAACUUCCCCUCACGUUUGAUCUUAAUCAUAUUGUUUUGCAUAUUUUUCUCGAACAGUUUCAUCAUUCAAGAAGGCAAAAUACUGUCUUAUCUACUAGUAGCUGUCAUCUUUCUAAUGGUUUACGAACUUAUACAAAAGAGCGUCCGUGUGGACUUUAAGAAUAAAUUUAAAUUCCAACAAUUUUUAAAGUCCACUGCAUUUAAGUUGUUUGUGGCCAGUUUCCUAGCUAUUGCGUUAAUCCGUUUUGCAACAUCUCUGUUUCGUUGUCGCGAAGAACAAGGCAAUUGUGCAGAUUUCACUAACAAUGGCAAUUUAGGGGGAUUCUCACUUAAGAAACCCUCCGGUGCAAAAACAUAUAUACUGUCAGUGGUUAUAAUUGUGUUAUAUACAACGCUUAGUCGGAUCUACCUUCGUUCUUGCGGAAGUUUGACUGGAAAUUGUAUCAAUGUCUUGUUGGCCCGUUAUGGACCCACAAUAGCGAGUAUUUGUGCUGGUGGACACAUUCUCUUAUCGAACAGUGCUAUUAAGAACAUACAGAGAACACAUAUUGAUGCAAUGGCGGUAGUUAUUUACACACUAUUGAUUGUCCAGAUUAUCGUUGUUACCGUAUCACCCUUAAUGGUGUAUUUGUUACCACCCAAAAAUUCCUCAAGGAUUACAGUGAAUAGUACAGAGAGUGUGGUACCCGAAAUUUUCAAGAAAAUGAAACGAAUGUACGAAGGGGAUAAUCCAGAAGGAGGCAGUGAAAUUCCCGUAGUCUAUGGAUUAACUACUGUAUAUUCAUCAGUUAUAAUAUCAUUUGGAACAUUUCUAGCUAUGGUUUUAAUUGUUCUUUUGGAGCCACGCUCUUCAAUGGGUAUCGUUGCAUGCAUAGCUGUGGGAGCUAUAAUACUCUUACUUCAUGCUAUUUUGCGUUUUAGAACCGCAACAAAUUUUGAAACCUGUGUACAUCCUAGAUUCACUGCUGUAGUUGCAUGGUUUUUAUUGGCUCAUUUUUGCUUCUUCGCUACUUCCCAUCAAACAACACUGUCGCAAAUUGAUUGGCGCGCAGCAUUUGUAGGUCGAACUACCAACAUUGGACAAUCUAACAUUAUUUCCGCUGUGUUAGUGAUAUUCAAUACAUUUUGUGGUCAUGUUUUGUUCUUCUGCAUGUACGGCUUAUUAUCUACUGAAACCUUUUCGAUUUUUGCUCUUUUUCCAAAUCUUAUAAAAACAAAUUUUAACCGCGAACAACGUAAAAUUGAGAUUUCUGGAAUAGGCCGACCAUUCAAUUCAUCUGCAUCUAUGAAUGAACGAUCGCUAAGUGACAUCUCAAACGAAUGUGUUGGCUUUGACAUGACUCGCGGUGAAUUGACAUUAUACGAGCAGGAGUAUACAUUUAUUGGUACGGCUUUUAAAUUGGCUAUUCAAUUUUAUAUUUUGCAAGGAAUAAAGGUGUUAUGUUCCAUGGUGGCGUGUACAAUGCAUUGUCGCCAUUUAAUGGUUUGGAAAAUAUUUGCUCCGCGUUUUAUUUACGAAGGCAUUGCUACUUUUGUUAGCAUGCCAGCCAUUUUUAUAGGAUUUUUACUUAUUGUUCGCAUUCAUAAGGGAGUCGAAACUUUAAUUGGUAAAAUCAGUAAAAUGAAAUAAAUUGCAAUUUUAUAAUAUUAACUUAGGCAAAUUAAUAUUCUUUGU